CAAAACCAAGUGAAUGGUUAUUGGAAUGGUAAAAUUAUUGAGGGUAUAUCAGUUUUAGUCAAAGUAUCAAGAAAUGCAUCAGACACAUACUUUCUUCCACCACGUUCAAAUGGUUUCGAUUAUUUAGGAUCAGUACGAGUUCAAUGUUCUUUAAUUCAACAAAAAUCUCGGAAAACACUAUUAACCUAUUAUAGAUGGAUAAAUGUUAUAC